AUGCUCGUCAAAGUCCAAAGCACUUCCCUCACCCUCCCGGGGGCGGAAGACCAACUCACGUGGUCCGGCCCGUUCACCUUCGCGCUCAUCGCCGAUCCGCAGUUUGGUCUUUACCGCAACAACAACUCCUGGGAAGAGGAGCGGCAGCAAGUUGCCGAGUGCAUUCUUGCUGCAGCUUCCCUCAGCAGCAAACCCGCAUUUAUUGCCAUCUUGGGAGAUCUCGUGCAUGCGCCAGUGCCGGCCCUCAGCCACGAGAGCCUCCAGGACGAAGUCAGAGCCGACCAACAAGCAAAGGACUUGAAAGAUGUCAUUGACAAACCCAGCAAAGAUGUGCCAGUGCUCGUGCUCCCCGGAAACCACGACGUGGGCAACGCCCCCACAGCAGCUUCAAUUGCCGACUAUGAGCAAUUGUGGGGAAAAGAUCACUUCAGCUUUUGGUUUGGAGGCGUCAAAUUCGUUGCUGCCAAUUCUUCUGUUCUUUACGACGACACAAAUGCCAAGGAACUCGCAGAGGCAAGCAAUGGCUAG